AACCACUUCCUCUUGUGGUUUUUUGAAGCAAGAGAAGGCAAAGCCGAGGCUCGGCCAAAUCCGAAGCGUUCCUUGAAACUGUUCUCUCACGAGAAAGCAAAACAACAAAGGUCCAGUUUGUAGAUCUACUCACGACUCGAUCCAGCGUGUGCAUCAGAAGAUGGGCGAACGUGUGUUUGCUGCCGAAUGCAUUCAGAAGAGAAGAGUUAGGAAGGGAAAAGUUGAAUACCUUGUCAAGUGGAAAGGAUGGUCAAUAAAGUACAACACGUGGGAGCCGGAGGAGAAUAUUUUGGACCACCGCCUGAUCGAACAGUUCAAGAGGGAGACUGGCGGUGGUGGGGGGAAGAGAGGCCCAAAGCCAAAGAAGAUGAAACUGCAGGAGAACACAGACGACACGGCUGAGGGAUCCUCGGAGGACGAUGAGGAAGACGCCAGCGACGACGAUGAUGAUGACGACGACAGCAACAGUUCGGAGGAGGAUGGGUCCAGCCUGAGCGGCGGCGAGCUGAGCAGACAGAAGAAAGACACACACCACAGGUCCUCGGCGGCCGACCGUGAGGCAGAACACGAGCGAGAGCGAGACCGAGGCAAGGAGAAGGGUCCGGCCGGUCGACAAGCUGCCCCGGCCCCCGUCGUGAAGCGAGGUCCCGGGAGGCCACCGAAAAACCCGCGACCCCCUGGCCACUUGCCCCCGCCCAAGGCCAAACUGACGGCCAACAAAACCAAACUGAAAGUGGGUCGGAAACCGGGGCCGAAAAAAGCCGUUCCGAAAGCAAAACCGGCAGCGAAAGGUUCUCAGGGAAACUCCUCCAAGACUGACGAGCCGUCGGGCAAGGGUGUGGCCAAAGACAAAGACAGUGGGGCCAAAGACUGCAGCUCUUCUUCCUCCGCGACCUCCGGCACUUCCUCCAGAGUUCCCAAGCUGGAGAACAAAGCCUCGGAGGACACGCUCUCCAGCCGCACCACGGCCCCGACCACCGGCCCCAAAUCUGGGGACCACGGCGUCUAUGACUUCCCCUCGGACGACUGCGACUCCAACAAGGGUGUGCUGGCCAGCAAUCUCCCGGAGCGGAGCGCGGUGGUCAAGAACUACUGGGUGCCGCCCGCCUUCCUCAAGCCUGUGGUGGACAGCAUCGUGGUCACCGACGUUUCCUCGUCUGACCUCAUGGUCACCGUCCGCGAGUGUUCCUACAACAACGGAUUCUUUACCUGAUGGCGUCUGUGAGUGUUGCUAUGACAACGGAUUGCUUACAUGAUGGAACGUCUGAGUGUUGCUAUGACAACACAUUCUUUACAUGAUGGCGUCUGUGAGUGUUGCUAUGAUAACAGAUUCUUUACACGAUGGCGUCUGUGAGUGUUGCUAUGACAACAGAUUCUUUACACGAUGGCGUCUGUGAGUGUUGCUAUGACAACGGAUUGCUUACAUGAUGGAACGUCUGAGAGUGUUCUCACAACAAUGGAUUCUUUACAGGAUGGAACGUCUGUUCAAUAGUUAUAAAUGUGCGCUAAAGUGCCAAAGGGGGAUAUUAACAUGUUGUUAUGCCCAGUAGAAUUGUCAAUGGGAUGAUUCUUCAAUGUCAUGCUCAUACUAUGACUGAACUACAACGGGGCUCUGCCUCUUUUUCUUUCCUAAUCCUUACUAUCGUCAUUUUCCUCUAUUUCUUUUAUAUGUUUGUCACACUCUUG